CGCUGUGGAUCAAAUUUCAACUCCACGCAGUCCUCCCAGCCACGUGGGUUUAACCAAAUGAGAAGCAAAACCAUACCUCCGAAAAUGUUAGCUGCUGCUCUUCGCUUACCGUGGGGCCUCAAGGUUGGAAGCUGGUUUUCAAAUCAGAGCGUAUCCACUGAGUAGAAUUUCAGUAUUUUGCUAUCAUUUUGAUGUUUUCAUCUGGUCUUCAUCAGUUUUACCGGACACUUCCUGCGACGAUGGGGGCAGGAGCUCUCGCCAUCUGUCAAAGUAAAGCAACUGUUUGGCUGAAAGAAGACAUGAAAAAGAUAGUGGCAGUGCCACUAAAUGAGCAGAGGACUUCUACGUAUAAAAAGUUAUUUGGAGUUAGUCUCCAAGACCUUCAACAGCAGGGGCUCACUGAGAAUGGCAUUCCAGCUAUUGUGGGGAAUAUAGUGGAGUACUUGACAAAGCAUGGACUCACCCAGGAAGGCCUUUUUAGGGUGAAUGGCAAUAUGAAGGUGGUGGAACAUCUUCGAUCAAAAUUCGAGAGUGGAAUGCCCGUGGAGCUCGGGAAAGAUGGUGAUGUCUGCUCAGCAGCCAGUCUGCUCAAGCUCUUCCUGAGGGAGCUGCCGGAGAGCGUGGUUACCUCGGCCUUACAUCCUCGAUUCAUUCAGCUCUGUCAGGAUGACAGAAGUGAUGCUCAGGAGAGUAGCUUAAGAGACUUACUAAAAGAACUACCAUACACCCACUACUGUCUCCUCAAGUACCUAUGCCAGUUCUUGACCAAAGUAGCCCAGCACCAUGUGCAGAAUCGCAUGAAUGUUCACAAUCUCGCUACUAUAUUUGGACCCAAUUGCUUUCAUGUACCACCUGGGCUUGAAGGCAUGAAAGAACAAGACCUCUGCAACAAGAUAAUGGCUAAAAUACUAGAAAAUUAUAAUACCCUGUUCGAAGUAGAGUAUACAGAAAAUGAUAACCAGAGGCGUGAAAAUCGAGCGAGGCUUAUCAUAGUAAAAGAGGCCAGCUGUAAGAACUCCUUACCCAUCCUUCUAACAAAAGACGUAGAAAGAGAUGUGCAAAAAACAUCUCCAAAAACCAAGAUCCCAAAAUCCAGGAGUGCAGGAUCUAUUCUGUCCCACAGGGUACCACAACCAGAGCUAUCCGAUGGCAUUCCUCAGGUCAGCCUGCGGCUGAGUCGUGGAAAACCCUGUUGGGGUGACAUGAAAUCAGCAGAGGAUGCUAGUGGGACCUCGUUGGUCUCCAGUUCACAGGAAGAUGAAAGACCUAUGUCACCUUUCUAUUUGAGUGCUCAUGUAUCCCAAGUCAGCAAUGUUUCAACAACUGGAGAACUCUUAGAAAGAACUAUCCGGUCAGCUGUAGAACAGCAUCUUUUUGAUGUUAAUAGCUCUGGAGGACAAAGUUUGGAGGACCUGGAAUCUGGAACAUCGUCAGCAUCUUCCACAACACCCGCCAGACAGCGACGACGCCAAUCCAAGGAGCAGGAUGAAGUUCGACAUGGCAGAGACAUGGGACUUUUCAACAAAGAAAAUAUUCCUUCUGGGUUCACCAACCUUGAUGAUUGUAUUUUGAAUGCUCAGGAAGAGGAAAAAUUACAUGAAAAUACUUCCGGUUAUAUUGGAGAAAGAGGCAAACCUAAACGUCAGAAAUCCAGUUCCAAACUUUCUGAGCUUAAUGAAAAUCAAGAUGGUCUUGUGAAUAUGGAAAGUCUUAAUUCUACUCCAUCUCAUGAGAGGGCUAGACUUGAUGAUGAUGAUGAGCUGAUGUCCAAUGAAAGCAAAGAAAAUGAGAAAGACAGUGGACACAACCAGCAUUUUGAGAGCCCCACAAUGAAGAUCCAAGAGCAUCCCAGCAUACCUGACACCAAAUUGCAGAGGACUCCAGAUGCUGACGCCCAGCAGGAGAGCUUUGUCUCAGAAGUGCCCCAGCUGGACCUGACCGCAUUGUGUGAUGAGAAGAGCUGGGCAGAGCCCAUCCCGACUUUGUCUUCAUGGCAGCAGGAGAACGUGAACUCCGAUGAAGCACACCGCUCCCCACAGGCCGGGCUCCUGAUUCGUCAGCUUCUGGAUGAAGACAGCGACCCCAUGCUCUCUCCUCGGUUCUAUGCUUAUGGACAGAGUAGGCAAUACCUGGAUGACACGGAAGUGCCUCCUUCUCCCCCAAAUUCCCAUUCUUUCAUGAGGCGGCGGAGCUCCUCUCUGGGGUCCUACGAUGACGAGCGUGAGGACCUGACACCCGCCCAGCUCACACGAAGGAUUCAGAGCCUUAAAAAGAAGAUCCGAAAAUUUGAAGACAGAUUUGAAGAGGAGAGGAAGUAUAGACCCUCCCACAGUGACAAAGCAGCCAAUCCAGAGGUUCUGAAAUGGACAAAUGACCUUGCCAAAUUCCGGAAACAACUGAAAGAGUCAAAAUUAAAGAUAUCUGAAGAGGACCUAACCCCCAGGAUGCGGCAGCGAAGCAACACACUCCCCAAGAGUUUCGGUUCCCAGCUAGAGAAGGAAGAUGAGAAGAAGCAAGAGCUGGUAGAUAAAACAAUAAAGCCUAGCGUUGAAGCCACACUGGAAUCGAUCCAGAAGAAGCUCCAGGAGAAGCGGGUGGAAACCAGCCGUCCUGAGGACAUUAAGGAUAUGACCAAAGACCAGAUUGCUAAUGAGAAAGUGGCUCUGCAGAAAGCUCUGUUAUAUUAUGAAAGCAUCCAUGGACGGCCGGUAACCAAGAAUGAACGUCAAGUUAUGAAGCCACUUUAUGACAGAUACCGGCUGGUCAAACAGAUCCUGUCCCGAGCCAACACCAUACCCAUCAUCGGUUCCCCCUCCAGCAAGCGGAGAAGCCCUUUGCUGCAGCCAAUUAUCGAGGGUGAAACGGCUUCCUUCUUCAAGGAGAUAAAGGAAGAAGAGGAGGGUUCAGAGGACGAUAGUAACACAAAACAAGACUUCAUGGUCACUCUGAAAACUGAUUUUAGUGCCCGUUGCUUUCUCGACCAAUUUGAAGAUGAUGCUGAUGGGUUUAUUUCCCCAAUGGAUGAUAAAAUACCAUCAAAAUGCAGCCAGGACACCGGGCUUUCAAAUCUCCAUGCUGCUUCAAUACCAGAACUCUUGGAACACCUUCAGGAAAUGAGAGAAGAAAAGAAAAGGAUUCGAAAGACACUUCGUGAUUUUGAAGACAAUUUUUUCAGACAAAAUGGAAGAAAUGUCCAGAAGGAAGACCGCACUCCUAUGGCUGAAGAAUACAAUGAAUAUAAGCACAUAAAGGCGAAACUAAGGCUCUUGGAGGUGCUUAUCAGCAAGAGAGACACCGAUUCCAAGUCCAUGUAAGGAAGAAGCCCCGGCCCAAGCAGAGGGGAUUGGCGAUGCACAGUGAAUUGGCCAUCUGCCUCCCCUGGUAUACAGCAGCUCUGCAGAAACUGGAAGGCAGCUUCAGAGCUGGACCUGCAAAGCAUGUAGCCCAUCUUCCUCCAGGCCAUUCGGAUCAGCUCUAGUUUCCAUUGCCUGCCUUAGAAACCACCUAGAUGGAAGAAAGCAACUUGCCCUGACUUAGGAAUUUGUAAGGGAAAGUCAGAAUUCCUGCACGCCUGCACACAGGUGCACACACACGCACAGACACUGUAGUGGAAGCUUUAUUAACAGUAACAGUGAUGAAUCACUACAUUGAGACACACUCCUCUACGGAGAAUAUACACUGUUCUUCCCUGGAUAACUGAGAAACAGGAGACCAUUCUCUGUCUAACUGUGAUAAAAACUAGCUCAGGUCUUCACUCUGUAGAACAAACUUGCUGUGCCAGUCCCUGUUCUCUUUGGACCCAGUGAAGGAAUGUGCAUUGGAGCCCUAUUUGCUGCCAUGGCCAUUUCUGUGACCUUUCCACAGAGCUGCACCUUCCCCACUUGUGUGAACUGUUUCCCCUUCAGCUCUCAGGUAGAUGGAAGCUGCAUCUGCCCUGAAUGGGAGUGCAAACAUCUAUUUGACGGUGUGUUUCUUCAGGACUUCCUCAGCUGACAAAGAAUUUUGAUCCCUGUAGGACUGGAUCAUCUGCAGAGGACAGGGGGAAUAUGGCAGGAGCUAUAUGAAUGCUGAUUUUAAAUCAGGUAACAGGGUGAAGAGCCUGAAGAAUUCUUUCCUGAACACUGACGGCACUUAAUCAGUCUCAGACUUACACAUCAGACACUAAGCGAGGCCAGCAUGCUACGGCAGCCUGUUUGGGGCUCGGUUUCGUUUUGGCACUAGCCAAACAUAAAGGGUCUUGCUUAAUUCUUAGCUGAAGUAUAGAGGAUCAUGAGAAAGAGAGAGAGCACCUGUGUUCUCAGCCACUUGCGUACUUACCAGAGUUUAAUUUUUUUAAAAAAGUAAACCUGCACUUGAAAUCCCCUCACCGAACAUUAAAUGUAGCCUUUAGAGCUCAGCCUAAAGCAGAAUCUAAAUCACAUUAUUUUCAAGAUGAUGUAUAAAGAGAACAAGUAAGGGUGUGUGUCCAAUUAUGAUUAUAAUUUCUUCAAAGACUGUCACAAAACUGUCUAUGUUAGACAUUUCAGAUGGACCAAGGAAUUUAAGACACCAAAUCAUUCAUCUCUUCAGUGUGCUCAUGUCACUUUGCGAUUCGUUGUUACUUUUUAACCUUCUAUGUCUGCACUGGGGAAAGUGGGUUCUGGUUCUGCCUGCCCAUCCCAGGUUCGCCUUUGUGCUAUCUGAGGUCUAGCAGGGUGUCUGCACACCAGCCACCAGACAAGGUGUUUCAGCAGUUCUGCCUUGUGAAGAUAAUAUUGCAGGUUGAACAGGACAACAGGAUGACCUCCUCUGUUUUUCCUUCUUAAAGGGUACAAUUUAUUUUGUUUAAGAAAACAAAGAAAAAGAACAUAAAACUCUACUGACCAGUUGUCAGUUUAAAAAAAAAAUGGGUUUUUGAGAAACUGAUCAGAUUGGAUUUAUAGCAGCAUUUUUCCGUUGCUGAAGUGAGGUGGCAGCUCUGUCAGCUGAAAAUUGUUUAAGUCGAGUGGGAGAAAAAGAACGCCUUUAGUUUGCUCUGAAAAACAUUCAUAUAGAAGUAUGAGCAGUGUGCCCUGGUUUAAUCCACACACUUAAAGAUGGUACCUAAUCCUGCAAAUUUAAAUGUACAUGAAAAUAUAGUUUGGUAUUCUUUACUGUUUACAUUGCAGAUUGCUAUAAUUUCAAGGAGUUAUAAAUAAAAUGAUGCACUUUAGGAUGUUUUCUAUUUUUGAAAAUCUGAACAUGAAUCAUUCACAUGACCAAAAAUUGUAUUUUUAAAAGAAAUACAUGUCUAGUCUGUCCUUUGUAAAGUAAUUAUUCUCUUAAAUAAGCUAUAAUAUAAAUCAAAUCAUUACCAGCUAACUUUUAAAGUACACCUGUUUAAGAGUAUUGUUUUGAAAAUACUAAUAUACUACAGAAUUUAAAAAGAGAACAAGCUAUGUAAAUGAGAAGCUACUAAAUGUUUUGAAUCUAUUGUUUUUGCCAAAGAUAAAUUAAGUAAAAGAUUUAUUCAGGAAUCCUCAGAUUUGUAUGACUGAAUAAAAAAAAACACCAAAUUCUAGUAAAAUAAAUUGUGUAUGGAAUGUUGUGUUUUCCUUUGUAAUUCCUAAUUUGUAUACUUUUGUAGAACGGCACCCAGAAUAAGGGUGAGGAAACCCUAUUUACACCAGAUUCUAUCUGAAGACACGUUAGUCAGUAGGUUCUGACUCUGCCAGAAGUGCUGUGAAUUUGUUUCCACAGCAACCAUUUCUGCAGCCCAGGGUCUCAAGGCCCUGGAGGCAGCCUCUUAAUUGGCUUCACACAGAAUACUCUGGACUGGGUUUUUUUCUUUGCUCUCUUGGGAAUGUGUGCGUGUUUAUUAGCACAUGCCAACAAAAUAAAUGUCAAGGGUUAUUUAAUAACAGUGAUAAGUAAAGAUAAAGCAUGAAUAAACUUGAUUGUAUGGUUGUAAGAAUUAGAGAUAGAAGAGGUUUGUAAUUUUCACAAGCAUUUGCUUUUGUGUUUAGUCUGGAGUAAACACUGAAAUAGAUGUUUAUAUUAAAUAUGGUAUCAUUACUAUAUUAAGUAUGUGUUUCAUCAUUGAAUCAUUUAGUUUGGAUUUCACUUUCUGGUCAUGUAUGUGCAAGGUUUAGGUUUAAGGGCCUACUUCAGAGAUUUGAGACAGCGGUAGUUUGUCUUAUGCUAUUAGAAGAAAGCCCGCAUAAUCUCAUGAUCUCAAAUUCAAGGAAAAUUUCCAUGAAAGACCAAAUCAAAUUAGAUUUCUUCCCUUCAGUUGCCAGUUUGAAGUCAAGAUUAUUAUUGCCAAGGCAGGGAUCAGCUGUGUCUCUCUUUGUUACAUCAGUAUAAUUUUUGCUUUGUCUCAUUCUGAUGCAAUGCUUGCAUGGUGGCAAAAGAGCAGGGUGUGUCUGCUCCGGUAUGACAUUUCUAGCCCAGGACAAAUGCCUCAGGGCCGUGCUUGUGUCAGAAAUAUAACACUGAGAUGUCCUGAGGCCAGCAGUCUUGGAGCCCCUGAGGUCUGAUCAUUCAUUAAUACAGCUGAGCUUGGAAUUUCUCAUAAGUUGCAUAUUUAAGUUUAUUGUCAGAAUCAAGGGGCUACUGUGGUGCCAAUUAAUUCGGUUCUUUCUGGGGCUGCCUAGUUCUCAGUGGACAGAAUUGGACUCGGUAUCUAGAACUGAACACAGAUUUACAAGGAAAAUCAAAUUUUAAAGUUUGUCGAUUAAAUUUUUUAGUGAUUCUUAAUCUGAUAAUAAAGAUGCCUUUUUUUCUGAAGAGUAACACCUUACUACUUUGGACAAUAUGUUAAUAAUUGAAUGCCAUAAACUAUUAACUACUUUGUGAAAAGCUAGUUGUAGUCUAAUUCCAUCUUUCUUUCAAGAGUGGUCUUCCUGACACACAGCUUCCUGGAUUUUUUCCCGUAGGGAGAGGUGGUUUCUUCACCAAGGUCAACACUUCUUCACGUUCCGUUUUAGUAUCCGCUCGGUUAAUCCACAGGGAGGGAAAAAACUGAAGGAAGUAGUGUUUCUUCCGAAACCCAUGUGUUUAGCAGAAUCCAGAAUGUACUUUCUAUUUAUUCCCUUAUUUUUUUUUCUACUCGACCCUCAAAAUGUACAGAAGAGUAUUUUGUCAAAAGACUGGCUAACAAUAUUUUCAAAUUUUUAUAUAUUCAAAUCAUACAUACUGGGCCUUCUUCAUAGGGUGGCCAACAUGGCAAGCUCCAAACAUGAGUGAUCUCUAUGUCAGUUGUGUGGCACUGGCCAGUUUCCCAAGUAGAGACUGUGCCACUGUGGGCAUCUGCGUUCUUCCACCACUGUCCUUCAUAACAGAUGUAUGUAGAUGGGCUGAGAUCGCUUACAGAUUUAUACAGAUGUGUAUGUAAAAUGAACUCUGUACACCUACAACUUCGUAUUGCUGUGAAGCUGCAGUUAUGUCUCUAGAGAAUCUUAUUGUGCCUGGAAUCUGGCCAAUCAUGGUCGUGUGUGUGGCUCCAGAAAUCAUUUUGGCAGACCUAAUUCUCCAUCUUAAAGCACCUCUUCAGUCGUGAAAAUCUUCAAGAGUGGAAACAAUUUUAGUAAAUAAAAUGGGCCCAGAACAAUGUUUAUAUGACAUGCAAGCAGAAAGUAUUUAAAACUACAGUCACCCUUUUUAAAAAUGUAAACAGAAUGAAAAAUGGUAUGUACAUUUUUGUACAUGACUGUAUUUUGUAUAAACUUAAAUAAAAUAUUUUGAACCAUGAA